AAAUGGCACCUGUUCGACUAGCAGCAGAAGUCUGGUGUUUUCUCAGCUCUAGUUUGGCUCUUUGAAGACGCUUGAAGAAUAGACACGUGCUGCUUCUUUCACCUCACACAUAGGUGGAGUACGUCGUCAGCCGGAGCAGGCUUGGGCGACGAGGACAGCUCCUCUUCAAUUUUAGAGACUAAAAGGGAGGAGGAGGAGGAGCAGGGUUGGCUUGAUCACCAGCUGCUAUGACACUUGCAGAGAUGCAUAAACCGGUUUGAGGGAUUUUUUUUUCUCUCUUGUUAUCCUUUUGUUGACUAAAAGAAUGACUUAGUCAAUGUAUAGUGAGUAAAAGCAGAAAGAGCACCCAACAGCUAUCCUGAAACAUGCGUCUGUUUUUACACCGCCGUAUGUCUCCUCUGAAGCUGGUGCUCCUUGGGGGGACUCUCUUCAUGGUGGUCCUGGUGAUUCUACAAAGGGAUGUUGGCUCUUCACCUGCUGGGGAACCCUGGUUGCAGGACCUGGUAGACAGAGGGGACAAGGUGAUGGUCAUGGUCCGAGAAGCUGUGAACAACAUUGGCUUCCAGAUUGGAGCUCCACAACGACCAACAAUGCAUGAGCAGCCCACCCAAGAUGCUAACUGCCCUACUGGAUUUUAUAAUAUGGUUGAUCUAAAACCUCACCUGAAGAGACCACCUCAGGACCCUCAAAGCCCAGGAUCUGAUGGGGGCCCAUUUAAAAAAGACCGCAUGACUCCUGAGGAAGAGAAGGAGAAGGAGGAGGGUAUGACCCGCCAUUGUUUCAACCAGUUUGCCAGUGAUCGUAUCGCUCUCAGCCGUAGUCUUGGGGAUGACACAAGGCCUCCAGAGUGUGUGGAGAAAAAAUUUCCCCGCUGCCCGCCUCUGCCUACCACCAGCAUCAUCAUAGUCUUUCACAAUGAGGCCUGGUCCACGCUCCUCAGGACGGUCUACAGUGUCCUGCACACAUCUCCUGCCAUCCUGCUCAAAGAGAUCAUCUUGGUAGAUGACGCCAGUACUGCAGACCAUCUUAAGAAUCAGCUGGAGGUGUUUGUGCAGCAGCUGAAGAUUGUCCAUGUGGUCAGGCAGCCGGAGAGAAAGGGCCUCAUCACAGCCAGGAUGCUGGGUGCCAGUAUCGCUCAGGGUGAAGUGCUCACCUUCCUCGAUGCACACUGUGAGUGUUUUCAUGGUUGGCUGGAGCCUCUUUUGGCCCGCAUUGUUGAAGAACCCACUGCUGUAGUUAGCCCAGAGAUCACCACCAUUGACUUAAACUCCUUUCAGUUCUAUAAGCCUGUGGCCACUAAUAGAGCUUAUAACCGAGGUAACUUCGACUGGAGCCUGACUUUCGGCUGGGAGGCGAUCCCUGAGGAUGCAAAGAAGCUGCGCAAGGACGAAACCUAUCCUGUAAAAACACCUACUUUUGCUGGAGGUCUUUUCUCAAUCUCAAAGAAGUACUUUGAACACAUUGGAACGUAUGAUGACAAGAUGGAAAUCUGGGGGGGAGAAAAUGUAGAGAUGUCAUUCAGGGUGUGGCAAUGUGGGGGUCAACUAGAGAUCAUCCCCUGUUCUGUGGUGGGCCACGUCUUCCGCACCAAAAGCCCACAUACCUUCCCCAAAGGCACAGAGGUCAUUACCCGCAACCAGGUGCGCCUGGCUGAAGUCUGGAUGGAUGACUAUAAGAAGAUCUUUUAUCGCCGCAACAAGAAUGCUGCAGUCAUGGCCAGUGAGAAUAAGUAUGGAGACAUCUCUGAUCGCCUGAAACUGAGACAGUCGCUUAACUGCAAGAACUUCACUUGGUACCUCAACACAAUCUACCCAGAAGCCUUCAUUCCAGAUUUAACCCCAGAAAAAUACGGAGCAAUUAGAAACUCAGGAUCUAACACUUGCCUGGAUGUUGGCGAGAACAACCAGGGAGGUCAACCUUUGAUCAUGUAUCAAUGCCACAACAUGGGAGGAAACCAGUACUUUGAGUAUUCCUCUCAUAAGGAGCUGCGGCAUAACAUUGGAAAGCAGCUGUGUCUUCACGCCACAGACCAGCCAGAACCUGUGAAGAUUGAGCUGUGCCAGCUGAAGGGGAAGGGUACCAGUUUGGCACCACAACAGGAGUGGGUUUUUACAGAGGAAAGUCUUCUGAAGAACCCCAGCAGCGGUAAAUGUUUACAGCUACAAGGAAGCCAGAUUCAGAUGGACCACUGCAAUGUUGCAGAUCUCUACCAGCGCUGGGCAUUCAGCUGACCUCUCCCAGACUAUCCAUCAGGUGACCUCUGGUACCUUGUGUCAACCCUCUUUGGACUGAGAACCUUGGAGCCAAAUCCUCACUGAUCCAGUAGGACCUCCUGUAGAGCUUGGGGCAUUUGGCCAGACUGCUGACCAAUGAAAGAUGGAGGACAAAGUAAAGACAAUCACCUUUUGUUGAAAACUCUUGGGUUAGGUUAGUCUUAAAACUAUUUUUAAAUUAUAUUUUUGGAGAAAACUCAGGAAAAUGAUUUGACUGUGGUUGGGGAUUUUAUGAAAUCUAUGGACUUUCCAUUUAGUGGCAGCUUGAACGUGAGGCUGUGAGCACUUCUUUUACACUCCAAGCUGGGAAGUUUUUUAUUAAUGGCAAUUUUUAAAUUAUUUUUUGUCUUAAUUAAUGUUUAAAAAUAAGUGAGUCAAGAGUUUGAGGUGUCUCUUUUAAAUAAAAUAUUUUUAAUAAAGAUCUUUUGUUUGAU